GCUUUUUUUUUUAUAGGAAAUAUGUUAUAAUGCUUAAUUAAAGGACAUAAAAAAAAAGAAAAAAGAAAAAAGAAAAAUUUGAAAGAUGAGUAUAUAAAUAUAAUUCCACUUCGCAUAGGCAAAACAGAGAAGAGCCAUACUAUACCUACUUUCCUGCUAUAGCUAUUUGGUGUGCUAUGAUAGAUUGGGGGAAGUGAGAGCUUGAUUAGCCUAUGGUGCAUUUCUUUUCCAUUGAUUAGUCUGCUAUCUACAUUUUUGCAUCAAUAAAAGGAAAAAUACUUGCCAUAUGCUUUUGGAUUUUAAUUUGAAGGGUUUAUCAUGGCAUUUGAACCUUAUUACAAAGGAGUUCCUGAAGCCAGUAGUUUCAACAUGGAAGAGAUUCAGUUAAAUACUAAUUGGGAAGAAGUAGUUUGUCCUAUAUGCUUGGAUUUCCCUCACAACAGUGUACUUCUUCAAUGUUCAUCUUAUGAAAAAGGGUGCCGGCCUUUUGUGUGUGAUACAGAUCAUUUGCACUCUAACUGCUUGGACCGUUUCAAAAGUGCAUCUGGCAUGUCAUCCCCUUCAACAUCUGAUGCAACUACUACAGCAAAUACUCAGCAUUCAGUGGUGGACGGCAAUAGUAGACUAGCUUGUCCCCUAUGUAGAGGUGAAGUUUCUGGCUGGGUUGCUAUCGAAAAGGCUCGUGUACAUUUAGAUGAGAAAAAGCGUUGUUGUGAGGAAGAGCAAUGCACUUUUACUGGAACAUACUUGGAACUAUGUAAACAUGCUCAGUUAGAGCACCCUCACGCUCGUCCUUCAAAAAUUGACCCUGCUCGACAACUUGAUUGGGAAAACUUCCAGCAGUCAUCUGAGAUAAUAGAUGUUUUGAGUACUAUACAUUCUGAAGUUCCUCGUGGAGUAGUGUUGGGAGACUAUGUGAUCGAAUACGGGGAUGAUGACACAGUAGAUGAAUUUGAGGACUUCCCGGGGGAUGAAGGCAACUGGUGGACUUCUUGCAUCUUGUAUCAGGUGUUUGAUAAUUUCAGAAAUUCAAGAAAUAGAAGAAGGUCAAGAGUAACUGAUACGAGAAGGGGCAGUCGCCGCAUGAGUUAUGAUAAUUCGAACUCUGAUGAAGGUUCUGUUACUUCUGUAGAAUUUGCAGAGUAUAGACUAGACGAGACUGAUGAUGAAUUUGCAAGUACUACUGGCCCAUCCAGGGGUAGCUCUGGUCACCGCAGUUCCCGAAGGCGUCGUUCUCGAUUCUACGACAAUUAGGUAGGUAUUGUAUUUUGCUUUGGCUUUUAAGGAGGUUCGUUUCACUGGAGAAUGGCACAAAAAAAACUCAUCCAUUUGUGAAUGCACUUGUAUCGUGUAUCUAUAAUAUCAUAUCGAUUUAUCUCUUGAUGAUGGCUUGAUCGAAAUGUUGGCAGUUCCUCAUGAGAAGUAAAUGAAAGACUGAAAGGAAAGUGAUAGAGAUGCUGGGAAUUAUGGUAGUCUUCAAACAUUUUAUAGUGACGUCUCAGUCAGCCCUUGUAACAUAUGUAAUUAGAUCUGCUGGUUAGACCUGAAUUUUGGAUUUGACUGGUUACAUUAUGGCUGAAUUUGUUAUUGGUUUCUCCUUUCUUUUUGAGACUGACUAUUAAUUUGCAUAAUAGGACUCUGAAAGAUGAUUUAGCAGUUGAGUUAUGCCGAA